AUGAACGGUGAAGCAGAUAAUCCGGAAGAGCUAUCUCACCUUCUCUCGUCGCUCUCUACCAAUCACCCCGAAACAUUUGACGCAACUGCCUCCAACCACCUGGAUGAGCUGCUCUCGUCGUCGGCUUCCGUCAGGUUCUUGAAAGGGAUCGCUGCCCGUGACUGUCAGCGUGAAGGGCUCAAAGAAGUUACGUCCGAGGCAGAUGAGAUUCUGGAAGCUGACUAUAUUUACGAAGCAAAACGGCUGUCCAGUAUCCUUGAUACUUUGAGAGUUAGUAGACAGCACCUGUCGAAGGGCGGCGAAGCAAAUUUGGAUGCCUUGACAAAUCUAGCCAUGAUAUUAGGACUUGGCGAAACAAAUGCUGUCAGCUUCCAGUGUGCCAUGACAGAUCUCCUCAUAGAAGAGCAGGAGGCUGAAGAAAACCAUGUACGUCAAGCAAAGCUACUUGAGUCGCUGGAACGGCGAAUGCACGACGUCGAUGAAUAUUCUGGACGAGUGGCUAGUAUAUUUUCAGAACUCCAAGAGGGGGAAGAAGUGGAUAACCAGCGGCUGCUGGAAUACAAUCGAAAUACAGACGUUCUGCGGCAAAAGGGUCACGAAUAUAACAAUAGGCUGGCCGAGCUAGAGGCUCUUAUACCCCCAGAUAUCGAUCUUUAUCGUCAUGACACCAUCUUGGCCCUGCAGUCUGAGGUUGACGCGAUGGCCAAUGAACUGGAAAAGAAGGACAUCACUCUGCGAAGCUUCUGCGAUUUGCCUCCAGACAUGGCGCUAGCUCGACUAAAGCUUACCGAGCGAAGACAGGAGCUGGCACGCCUUAUAGAGAAUAAACAGGCAGUGCUCAGCUCUAUUGCACAUGGUAUUUCAUGAGCUACGAAUGCUGGUAUCUGAUCGGUUAGGCGCUAUUUGCACAAUAGGGGCUCAAAUUCCAGGCAUUCCAUGAUGGCAUUCCAAGUGGAAGACUUGCGCCAAUCCUAUCGGAACAUGUACUGUAUAUACUAUUUAUAUUAUUUAGGAUAUCGAUAUCCACCAGUGCCUUUCAGGAUAAUUAAUAUCAAAGUUUGCUUUAAUUAAUAAUUUACAGAAUACAUCAGUUAGCGCCA